GACACACCACUCCAGUUGUUACAUCGCAGUAAGUUGGAAUAGAUCGCAAUGAGUUUAGCUGGUAAAGUUGUUAUUGUAACCGGAGCAAGUUCCGGCAUAGGUGCCGCCACAGCUGAGGCCUUUGCCAAGCAGGGCUCCAAAGUGGUGCUCACAGGACGAAAUGAAGCAAAUCUGAAGGCAACGGAAACUGCCUGUAAAGCAGCCAACAGCGAAGUAGAACUACUACUCAUCGCCGCUGAUGUAACGACGGACGCAGAGAAGAUUAUCAAAGCAACAAUUGACAAGUUCGGACAGUUGGAUGUGUUGGUAAAUAAUGCCGGUGUGGGUGAAUCGGGUUCAAUCCUGGAUGUUGAAGUCGACCAAUUUGAUCGUGUGAUGAAUACAAAUUUGCGUUCGGUGUUCCUGUUGACUAAAUAUGCGGCACCACAUCUUGUGAAGACCCAAGGAAAUAUCGUGAAUGUUUCCAGCGUCGCAGGAUUGCGCUCAUUCCCUGGUCUUUCGGUCUAUGGUUCGUCCAAAGCAGCACUGGAGCAAUUCACCAGAUGUAUUGCCUUGGACUUGGCACCUAAGAAUGUGCGUGUCAACGCUGUCAGUCCCGGCGUAAUUGUUACAAAUAUUCUUACGCGUUUAGGCAUGUCGGCGGAAGAUUAUGCUAAAUUUUUGGAGCAUUCGAAGACUACGCAUGCACUGGGUCGCGUCGGCGUUGUAAAGGAGGUUGCUGAUGCCAUUAUUUUUCUAGCUAGUGACAGUUCGAGCUUUAUAACGGGCGCAACUCUGCCGAUCGAUGGUGGUAGACACGCCAUGUGCCCGCGUUAAUAUU